GCACGUCACGUCUACAAACUGGCCGUAACUGCUACGACCAGACGACAUGGCAAACGCAAUGUGUCAGGACGGAGCGCAGCGUGGCUCCAAGAUCACCCUCAAAUUGCUCAGGCACUUGCUCACGUCACGUGGCGAGAUAUCCGACGCAUCACAGGGGUCACGGGCUGGGGCGAGCAGGUCCUGUACCGUCUAAAACUACAAGCUUUUACCUGGUGGGAUUCGACGCGUAAGGUGCCUGGGUGUCCGGUCGAGGAAUGCUUG